AUGGGUGUACCAAAGUUCUUUCGCUACAUCAGCGAGCGUUACCCAUGCUUGAGCGAGUUGCUGCGGGAGAACCAGGUGCCCGAGUUCGACAAUCUGUACCUCGAUAUGAACGGCAUCAUACACAACUGUUCACAUCCCAACGAUGCGGACGUCACGUACCGGAUAUCGGAGGAGAUGAUUUUCGAGGGCAUAUUCCAUUACGUGGAAUAUCUGUUCAAGCUGAUACGCCCGCAGAAAGUGUUUUUCAUCGCGGUCGAUGGUGUGGCGCCGCGCGCCAAAAUGAACCAGCAGCGCGGUCGCCGCUUCCGUUCGGCGUUCGAAGCGCAGGAGCAGCUGAAGGCGGCGAUCGCGAAGGGUGAAACGAUCCCGGAGGAGGAACGGUUCGACUCGAACUGCAUCACACCCGGGACGGCGUUCAUGGUGCGCCUGCAGAGGGCGCUCGAACACUUUAUCCAGGUUAAGAUCGCGACGGACGUCCUGUGGAAGGGUUGUAACGUGAUUCUGAGCGGUCACGAGACACCCGGUGAAGGGGAACACAAAAUCAUGGAGUACAUUCGACACGCCAAAGCUCAGCCGGACUUUUGCGCCAACACGCGCCACUGUCUGUACGGGCUGGACGCCGAUCUGAUCAUGCUGGGGCUGUGCACGCACGAGCGCUUCUUUUCGCUGCUCCGGGAGGAGGUGAAGUUCGGCAAGAAUGACAAGAAAACGACGGUCCUGAAGGACAUCCGCUUCUAUCUGCUACACCUCACGCUGAUGUCCGAGUACCUGGAGCUCGAGUUUGCGAGCGUGCGCGACAAGCUAUCGUUCGCGUUCGACAUCCACAAGCUGAUCGACGAUUGGGUGCUGCUGGGGUACCUGGUGGGCAACGAUUUCAUCCCGCACCUGCCGCACCUGCACAUUAACGAGAACGCGCUGCCCACGCUGUAUCGGGCGUACAUGGACGUGCUGCCCAAGAUGGACGGGUACAUCAACGAGGGCGGCAUCCUUAACUUGCCACGGUUGCAGCUGCUGAUGCGGCGGUUGGCCGCGUUCGAUCGCGAGGUGUUUCUCGAUCGUUACACCGAUCUCAAGUACUUGGAGGGAAAGUCCGGCAGCAACAAUUUGGAAGCAUUCGAUGUAACGGCAGAAGAGAUUAUUGGUUCGAGCGAUAAAGACCUGAUGGCGCUGAUAAUGUCCUCCGAAAUGCUCGGCUCCGAGGACGAGGACGACGACGACGCACCGCUGGUAACCGUGGGCGACAUUGAAAACGAUCCGGAGCUGUUCGAAAAGGAGUUUCAAAGUUACAAGCGUAACUAUUACAUGACGAAGAUGGGAUAUCCGGAUUUUAAUGAGGACGUUCGAGCGGAACAAGCGGAGUGCUACAUCCGGGCGCUACAGUGGACGCUCCACUAUUACUACCGUGGUGUGGUGUCCUGGUCCUGGUACUACCCGCACCACUACGCACCGUUCAUCAGUGAUGUGGACAACUUUGCGCACCUAAAGCUGGUGUACGAGCUGGCCAUUCCAUUCCUGCCCUUCCAGCAGUUGCUGAGUGUGCUGCCGGCAGCGAGCAGGAGCCACCUGCCCGCGGCCUACCAUCAGCUAAUGACUGACCCGAACAGUCCGGUGUAUGACUUCUAUCCACCCGAGUUUGCGACCGAUAUGAACGGGAAGCAGCAGUCCUGGGAGGCGGUCGUGCUUAUACCGUUCAUCGACGAGAAGCGAUUGCUGGCGGCCAUGGACCCGCGCGACGCGUUCUUGACCGACGAAGAGAAGCAGCGGAACGUGCACGGACCGAUGGUGGCGUAUCGGUACGAUGCCCGACAGCAUGGUCCGCUCGAGGCCAAGCACGGGUUUGCACGGAUUGACGCGCUGCCGGUGCAACGGAGCGACAUCUACCGCGACGAUCUGCGGGUGGCCGAGAACCGACUCGUGCUCGGACCCUCGUCCGGCGCAAUCCUCGAUGGUUAUGCCAAAGGGUUUCCUACCUUCAAGCACCUGCCGCAUUACGGCAAACUGAAGGAACUGCACGUGAAGAUUUUCAAUUUUGCCAGCAAAAACGAGAGCAUGGUCGUUUGCUUGGACAGUGCAGCUGUCCAGCUACCGGACACGGCGGAACUGGCGAAGCAGCUGCUCGACCAAGUCGUUUACAUUAGCUGGCCCCAUCUGAUGGAGGCGAAGGUUGUGCGAGUGUCGGAUAAAUCGUACACGUACGAACCGGACAGCGAGCUGACCAAGACCGCCGAAGGAACGUUUGGCAUGUGGUGCAAAUCGAUUACGGAGCAUAACGACAAUCGGCUUGCGCUGAACGUGGGUCCGAUCAAACAGCUGGUGCACGUGAAAACGUGCGUCGGGACCGAAUACGUGCUGAAAGACGCCAAUCGCUUCGUGCUGAAACGAUUGUGGAACCCGAUCGACGUCGCGUUUCCCGCGCAGUGCGUCGUGCGUCGCGUGAACGAUGUGAUGAAAAAGCAGAAACCGUUCCUGGACACCGUCGAUAUGUUUCCGCUCCAAAGCACCAUCUUCCUGCGCGCCACCGAGAGCUACGGUAGCAUGGGUGAGGUGGCCGACAUUUCCGGCAGCAACGGGUACAUCAAGGGUCACUUUCUGGUGCACGACGAGCCCGAUCUGCGGUCCGUGUUUCAGAUGCACAAACAGUCGCAACAUAGCUACCGCACGGUCAAUGACACGGCCGCCAUGCUGGGUGUAUCGAUUGGCGUGCUGCUGCAGCUGGUGGGCACCAUUCAGGUGGCGCACGGUGGUCACCGGUCGCUGAACGUAGAGGACGAGAAAACCGUCAACAUCGGUUUGCGCCUGCGAAUGAUGGCGAAAGACGAGGCCGCGGUCGGCUACUGUAGGCGGGCGAACCGAAUGUGGCUGUUCUCUGACCGCACCAUCAGCCUGCUGCAGAGCUACGAUGCCCAGUUUCCGGAGCUGUUCGAAAAGCUGGAGAUGGCCGGCCGCACCAAGGUGCACUUCGAGACCGACCUGUUCGGGGAGGGCAACGAGGGCAAGUUGAAGCAGGUCGAGGAAUGGUUGAAGGCGCAGGAGCACACGAACGCCGAGCGUCGCUGCUGUGGCAUCGAUCUGCUGGAACCGAAGGCCAUCGAGCAGCUGGUGCAGGUCAUCGAUGGGUACGGUGCGAAGGAGAAGAACCAAAAGGUUCGCACAAUGCUGGUGCACCCGAAGGAUCUGCUGCGGCCCGGUAUGCGGAAGGCGAAAACUCUCGAUCCGAAGGCCGUCUUCGAGCUGCUGGAUCGCGUCGUGGUCGUACAGGACACGGAAGACGUACCGGUCGGUCAGCGGGGUACCAUCAUCGGCAUUCACCGAGUGUCCGAUCCGAAUCCGGUGCGCCGGGAAGCCAUCGGCCAGCAGGAUACGUGCUUUGAGGUCCUGUUCGACGAACCGUUCCCUAAGGGGGUCAAUGUGUACAAUUUGUCCGCCACUGAGGGGCGGGUACAGCGAUUAGCGCAGGGGGUGUUACUGAACAUUUCCUACGGUCGUGCCUCAAACGGGAACCGAAAGAAGGUGAAAGUGGAUGCCAUCGCGGCCGCCGUCGCCGCCACCUCCAUCACCACUGUACCACUCAUGCCCGCGUGGGAACAGAAAACGAUCGCGACCACCGAAUCAAUCCAGCAGCGUGUCAGCGAACGCAUUGGCAAGCGAAAUGGGGACAGCAAGGGGACCACCAACCCGAGAAGCGCAGCUAGGGUAACUGCGGGUCGACCGGACGGACCGCAACAGGCGGAUCAGUGUAAGAGUGGCAAAGCCGAACCAGCAGCGUCCAACGCCGGUCAAGGGCCAAUGUCGGAGGAACAUCAGCUCAGAAAGAGUGAAUUCGAACGGUUCUGGAAUAAACUCAAGGACGCGUCCAGCAACAGCGCGUUCGAUGAGAGCGACAUACGGACCAUUGCGAAAGUAAUUUCGCAACCGCCCGGUGCCGCCGACGGUAAUGCCAAGUCUCCGAAGCCGCAGCCAGACAACUGGAGCGGCGACAGUAUGACGGGAAUGCUGAAAAAGAUGCUACGCAUUCCCGAAGGAUCGGCCGCCAGUGCCGGCGGCGAUUCGAAACCGCUUCAGCUGCCGGCUCCGACCAGUCUCCCGAAGCCACCGAUUCAGUGGCAGAAAGCGGACACCAGUCGCGGUGCAUCCGUGACGGGAAACAAUACGCAUCCCCGCCAUACGCCCAGAAAUGCGUCGGCCGCCGCCGGCAGUGGCUUUAACGGUCCUCCGCCGAACAGUGUGCCCGACGUAAAGAUGCUUCCGUUUCCGUUUGGCAAUGCUGCACCGGUGCACCAGGGACACCAGCAGCAGCGGAACCCAUUCUUCGUCCGUCCUCCGGCCCCGAUGCAAAUACGGCCACCAGUUUUCCCGGGCUUCGUACCGCAACAGCAGCAGUACUACGGGCCACUGCCGAUGCAAAAGCAACCGUUUUUCAUGUCACACAGGCCCGAUAAUGUGUCCGCUUUCGUUGGACGACCGAACUAUGCACCGCCCCAGUUACCCAUAUGGCAGCAAAUGCCACCACCACCGUUGGCACCGUAUGCCGCUGUCGAAAGUGGACCAUCGACCGCGUCAACCAUCGUAACCGCCGGCACAUUGUCAGCUCCGAACGCGCCGCUCACCAACCGGGGGCCUAUUGGUCCGCAAAAUCUUAGCUACAACCGUAACAACCCGGCCGGCAAUGGGGCAUUCGUGCCGCUACAGGCAAUGAAAAAGAAUGCUAAAAAUCGAACCACGACCACGGCAAAUACAAAUAGCGCUGCGGCAAACUCUGCGAGCAGUAGUGCCGCCGUGGCCACGACGAACCCUCCGAAGCCACGAACGACGAUGGCAGAAUCGGAAACGGGACGAAGGCGGGAAGGUGAACAACUCACCAAUGGGGGUGUGGCUCAUGUCGCUGCGAAUGAGCAGGUUUUAGGCGAGCUGGAUUCGGACGGCCAGGAUUCGGAAGAGCUUGAGUCGGACGAGCUACAUUCGAACGAGCUAAGUUCGGAAGAGCAGGAUGACUGGGACAACAACAGCACGGACGACGCGGAUUCGGACGAGCUGGACGAUCCGGAAUGGUUCGAGAAGGGUGCGAUUGAACAGACUAGUGCACGCCGUCGGAAGGCGGUCAAAAAGACUAAGCAGAAAGUGGACAAAGCUUUCAUCACGGUUUUGGUGGAAAAUGCACAAAAGCACACCGACGACUGCAAGGUCGAUUCCGAUGAGGUGUCGAAAGUGCCAUUGGCAGAAAACCAGCCGAAACCAGCCGACGAACAGCAAAACGUUCCGAAGGGGGCAGUUACGCCGGAGAAUGUUGCUGCACUCCAAGUCGCUGUGGAUAAAAAGAGCGAGGCCACACCGCCAAGAAGCAAGAAGCGUAUCGCAGCACGGUUCGGUUCGGUUCCCAGUGUUUAA